ACAGCAUAGAGGUCAGCUGACCGAGCACAGGUCCGCUGCUGCUGCUGCUCAUUGCCAUGGAGAGACUGGAGCGAGCUCUGUUCCGUCUGGAACAAGGCUUUGAGUUGCAGUUCCGUCUUGGCCCUACCCUCCAGGGUACGGAAGUCCAGGUCUACACCAACUACCCUGCAAAAGGCCACAAGUUUGAUCGCCUAAAGUUCCGUCCUUUGGACUGGGUCUACCCAAAUGGCUGGGAGGAUGACUGUGAUAAAUACUGCAGACUGGACCUAAUGGUGGCUGGAUCCUACCAGUACUACUUCUCCUGUGGGGAUAAAGAGAAAGUGGGUGGAGGUUACAUCAUAGUAGAUCCAGUGCUAAGGGUGGGAGCCAAUGAUGUCAUCCUUCCACUGGACUGCAUCUGCAGCCAAACAUACUUGGCCAAGUGCCUCGGCCCGCUGGACAAAUGGCUUGACAGGGUCAGGGUCGCAAAGGAGACUGGUUACAACAUGAUCCACUUCACCCCGCUGCAGAAGCUUGGUGUGUCUGGCUUCUGCUACUCCAUGGCUGAUCAGCUGGAGUUAAACCCUGACUUCUCGCCUGAGGGGAAGCACUAUACCUGGGGAGAUGUCGGUAAUCUGGUGGAGACGCUGAGGAAAGACUGGAACAUGGUCUGCAUCAGUGAUGUGGUCUAUAAUCACACAGCGGUUAGCAGUGAGUGGAUUCACCUCCAUCCUGAGUGUGGUUACAAUCUGGUUAACUCUCCUCAUCUGAAACCAGCGUGGCUCCUAGACAGAGCUCUGUGGCACCUCAGCUGUGAGGUGGCUGAUGGGAAAUUUUCUGAACAAAGAGUACCAGCACUCUUUCAAGAUGAAUGGAACAUGAAUGCUUUGCGGGGCGUCCUGUGGCAGCAGGUGUUCUCCAGGCUGAGGCUGUGGGAGUUCCUGCAGGUCUGUGUGGAUGAAGCUGUGGAGCAGUUCAGACAGCGGCUGCAGGCUGGUUCAGGUGUUGGGUCCAGUCCAGAGUGUAAGAAGCAGCUGAAGUUGGUGCAGGACCCUCAGCACCGACGCUUUGGAAACACAGUGGACAUGAACUCUGCCCUGGAUAUUUUCACACCUCACAGUAUGAGCCCAUCAGACAUCCAGGAGUGUUGUAUCUGUUUCAAAAAGAGACUGGAGGAGCUGAACUCGGGGUUAUACGAAGAGAUGAACCACCACGCAGAGCAGGCGAUCAACUGCAUUGUGGGAAAUGUAGUUUAUGAGCGUCUUUCUGAUCAGGGGCCAAAGCUGGGUCCGGUCACAAGGAAGUACCCUCUGUGUAGCAGGUAUUUCUCCUUCCCCUUUAAAGAGAUGACCUUUGAUGAAGAAAUGCAGCUGAUGGAGCAGAGAGAGAAGGCGUGUCACUUCCUGGCCCAUGAUGGCUUUGUGAAGGGAAAUGACCUACUCAGGAACUGCGCUGUACCAGGUUCAGAGGCCUACCUGCGGAGAGAACUGGUCUGUCAGGCUGACACUAUCAAGCUUCGUUAUGGAGAGAAACCGGAGGACUGUCCUUAUCUGUGGGCUCAUAUGAAGACAUACACAGAGAUGACAGCCAACGUCUUCUCUGGUGUAUGCCUGAUCAACUGCCUGUCCACCCCUCUGCAUGUGGCUGAGUACAUGCUCGAUCAGGCUCGUUCUCUGAGGCCAGACCUGUAUGUGGUGGCUGAGCCGAUGAUUAGCAGUGAGGAACUGCAGAAUGUCUGUGUGACUAGGCUGGGCAUUACCUCGCUCAUCAGAGAUGCUAUGGGUGCAGCAGACCGUCAGGAGGAGGAGGGCUCGCUGUCCUGGUUUGGCGGGGAGCCUGUAGGUGCCUUCUUUCAGCCCAGCCUUCGGCCCCUGAUCCCAGCCGUCAGUCACACCAUGUUCAUGGAUGUCAGCCCGAACAAUCACAGUCCCAUCCAGACGUGCUCAGUAUACGACUUCUUGCCCAGAUCUACCCUGGUUUCUAUGGCCUGCUGUGCUACAGGCAGCAUCAGAGGAUAUGAUGAGCUGCUUCCUUGUCAGAUCUCGGCGGUGAGGGAGGACCAUCAGUACACCUGCUGGAACUCUGAGGCCCGGACAUGUGACCAGGUCAACCUGCAGACUGGGAUCCUGGCUGGGAAGCUGGCACUGAACCGGCUUCACCAGGAGCUGGCUGCUGAGGGCUUUACUCAGGUGUACGUGGAGCAGCUGGAUGAGGGCGUGGUAGCAGUUACCAGACACUGUCCCAGCAGCCACCAGUCUGUGGUGGCUGUGCUGUGGAGGGCGAUCAAGAACCCAGAGACACAACGUCAUACAGAAGAUGUUUCACCGAUGUUCAUACCAGGUCAUAUUCAAGAGGUGGUGUUGGAGGCUGUGACCAACUCCAACAAAAAAGAAGACAAAAACAUCAAUGGCCUGCCAGAGUGCACUGUGGAGAUCCAAGAACACAUCCAGCUGAAGGACAGUAAAGUGGUUAAAAAGGCAGACACGGUGUCCAAACACAACAGCAUUUAUCAGGAGAUAAUGUUUGAGAAGUUCACACCAGGCUGCGUCGUCAUCUUCAGGGUGACUCCGGAGCCCAGGUGCCAGGAGCAGCUGGGGGCUCUGAGACACCACCUGAUCCAGUUUAGUCCUCAGUACCAGACUGGCUCACUGGCUGAACACAGUACACCAUCCAUUCUCACCGAGCCGCUGAGGAUCAUCAUGUCAAAGCUGACUCUGGCUGACAUGAACAUACUGCUGUACCGCUGUGAUGCAGAGGAGAGAGAGGAUGGGGGAGGAUGCUACAACAUCCCUUCAUGGUUACCUCUCAACUAUGGAGGCUUGCAAGGGCUGAUGUCAGUGAUGGCAGAGAUUCGUCCCAAGAAUUAUCUUGGUCAUCCGCUCUGUGAUAACCUGAGGCAGGGAGACUGGUUGAUGGACUAUGUCUCCGAAAGACUGUUGGCCAAAGGUGGAGCCGUGGGAGAGGUGGGCCAAUGGUUCCAGGCCAUGUUUGGCUACCUGAAGAACAUCCCCCGCUACCUGGUGCCUUGCUACUUUGACUCCAUCAUCCAGGGAGCCUACACCAGCGCUCUAGAAGCCGUUUUCAAAUACAUGUCAAGCUUUGUGCAGAAUGGUUCCAGCCUGGUCAAACAGCUGGCGCUGGGUUCAGUGCAGAUGUGUGGUGCGGGUCACAGUUGGGCUUUUCCCACACUCUCUCCUCACCUUAAAGAUGUCCCAUACCACCUCAGUGACGUCACUAACCAGGUGGAGCAGUGCUGUGUGACACUGGCAGCAGGUCUACCUCACUUUUGUGCUGGGGUGUUACGUUGUUGGGGGCGUGACACCUUCAUUUCCCUGAGAGGCCUGCUGUUGCUGACUGGCAGACACCUGGAGGCUCGGAGCAUCAUCCUGGCCUUUGCGGGCACACUGCAUCACGGCCUGAUCCCCAGCCUGCUGGGCCAGGGCAGCAUUGUGCGCUACAACUGCAGGGAUGCUGUGUGGUGGUGGCUGCAGUCUAUCCAGGAAUACUGCACACUAGUACCAAACGGUGUCUCCAUCCUCAAGUGUCCUGUCCGAAGGAUGUACCCCACCGACGUGUCUGGGCCUCAGCCUACUGAAGCCUGGGAUCAGCCGCUGUAUGAUGUGAUCCAGGAGGCCAUGCAGAGUCACAUGCAGGGUAUCUCGUUCAGAGAGACCAACGCUGGGCCACAGUUGGAUAACAGUAUGAAUGAUGAAGGAUUCAACGUAGAGGCCGGAGUGGACCAGACCACUGGCUUCACCUACGGAGGAAAUCGCUUCAACUGUGGAACUUGGAUGAACAAGAUGGGUGAGAGUGAGAAGGCGCACAACAAGGGAAUACCUGCUACACCCAGGGAUGGCUCUGCAGUGGAGAUAGUGGGCCUCUGUAAAUCUACUGUACGCUGGAUUGUGAAGCUCCACAACGAUGGGCACUUCCCCUAUGCAGCAGUCAACAUUCCCAGAGAAGGACAGACAUAUUCUGUGUCGUAUGUGGAGUGGGAUCUUAAGAUCCAAGAGAACUUUGAGAAGAAGUUCUACAUUUCCCGUGAUCCCCAGGACCCUGAGGAGAAACAACCCGAGCUGGUCCACAAAAGAGGCAUCUACAAGGACAGUUUAGGGGCUUCCAGCCCCUGGUGUGACUACCAGCUCCGGCCUAACUUCCUCAUUGCCAUGAUGGUGGCUCCUGAGCUGUUUACUGUGGAAAAAGCCUGGGAGGCUCUGGCUGUGGCUGAGAAGAAGCUGCUGGGGCCCUUGGGGAUGAAGACCUUGGACCCUGAUGACAUGGUGUACUGUGGAGUCUACGACAAUAACCUGGAUAAUGAUAACUUCAACCGAGCCAAGGGCUUUAACUAUCAUCAAGGGCCAGAAUGGUUGUGGCCCGUCGGCUACUUCCUGCGAGCCAAACUGUACUUUGCCAAGAAAAUGGGAAAGCAGACGUAUGACAAAACUGUUAACCUGGUGAAAAACAUUCUGUCUCGUCACGCUGUGCACUUGGAGAGGUCACUUUGGAAGGGUCUUCCUGAGCUGACCAAUGAGAAUGGCCAGCACUGCCUGUUCAGCUGUGAGUGCCAAGCCUCAUCCAUGGCUACCAUCCUGGAGGUUCUGUAUGACCUUUGACCCCAACAACCUUAACAGCACCAUCAAAAGUGACCUCCACCAGCCGACACCAACACAACGCCUACUCUAAAUCCUAAACGAGCCGCAAAGUGUAUGAAAAGCUCACUGACAACCAAUCAUAUGCUAUUUGUCAUUUCCUACUGCAUAACUAUGCACCAUGUUUCCCUGAGAGCAGGGUGUAGAGUUGGGUAUCAAACACCACUUAUGCAUCUGAAAUUAACACUUUCAUAAGAAUUCAAGGAUUCCUGAAUAAACAGCAUUUUCACUUG